CAGGCACCGCAGCCUCGCUACUAUAAUUUUCUGGCAUCUUCAUCUCCUCGACAUCAAGGUUGGCUCUCCGUCACCGCAACACCCUCGUGCGACCACACCUCUGCAACGCGCCGCAGCCUUGCUGCUGCUGCUGCCGCCCCCCUGGCCUUGGCUGCCGACUGCUGUCAUCUGGCCUCGCAUCGUUUGCCACCUGGCAUUGUUUCAACAUCCGUUACACAGCAAGGCCGACGCGAGAUUCCGAGCCCUCUCUCACCUGCCACCAACCUUUGCCCGCCGCCGCCGCCAUCAUGAGCGACGCAGACCGCCCGACGGCCAAGCGGUCGCGAUUCGACCAGAUGGAGCCCGAGCCUAAGAGGCCCUCCCGCUUCGAUCGCCGCUCGCGCUCGCCGCCCGCCCGCCGUACCUCCGACGCGCGAGAUCGUAGCCCGCUGCCCCGAGACGCUUCGGCCGAGGCCAAGAAGUCGCCCUCUGUUGAUCCCGCCGCUGCGGCAGCUGCCGCGGCCGCUCGAAUCAACGCUCAACUCCAGGCUCGAAAAGGCAUUCAGCACGUUGACGUCCCCCCCAUUCAGAAGCCGGACAGCCAGUCCCCCCCGCCUGCGGCUUCCGCCACGGCGCCGGCGUCUUCCAGCAGCGCGGGCGCCCAUCGCAAGAUUGACGGCGAGAUGUACGUCUCGGACGGCGACUACAUCAAGGACAUUGAGGUCAACGACUUGCGCAACCGCUACACGCUCACCAAGGGAGCCACCCAAAAAAUGGUAAAUAUUGCCCUCAAACCAUCCUCACUGAUGCCUCAGCUCAGUCCCACGGCGGGCACCUGUCGCGAAUGACGUACCGCUUGCUCCCACGCUCGCGCGCCACCGCCAUCUUUCGUAUGCAAACCCCCUCAUCUUUGCCUCUACUAACACCCUCCCUCCGACAGAUCAAGGACGAAACCGGCGCUGACGUGACAACGCGUGGCAGCUACUACCCGAACAAGAGCAUGGCCACCCCGUCGAACCCUCCUCUGUACCUUCACGUCACCAGUCGGACCAAGGAAGGCUUGGAGGCUGCGGUGGCCAAGAUCGACGAGCUGAUCCAACAAGAGCUCCCUCAGCUAGUAGACGAGCGCCGCUUCAGACGGCGCGAUCAGGAGCAGCAGCCGCAAGUUGAGCGUGACGAGUAUGGUCGUCGUAAAUGGCCAGAGGAGAAGAUCACCAUUGGCCUCGAGUCUCUUCCCGGCUUCAACAUCCGCGCCCAGAUCGUUGGCGCUGGUGGCGCAUACGUGAAGCACAUCCAGUCCGAGACGGGCUGUCGAGUGCAGAUCAAGGGCCGCGGCUCUGGAUACCUCGAGAAUGCCACGGGUCGCGAAAGCGAAGAGGACAUGUUCCUCCACGUAACUGGGCCCGAUGCCCAUAUGGUCGAGAAGGGUAAGGAGCUCUGCGAGGACUUGGUAAGCUCAGUCAGAGAGCAGUACGAAGCCCACAAGUCUCGUCCCCCGCGCGAGAGAGGCGGCUUUGGCGGGGACCGCUAUGGUGGUGGUGGCGACCACUACCGUGGCGGAGGUAGGUCGCAAGACCAGUCUUCGUAUUCGUACGGCCGACAAGGCUCCGAGCACGCGGCCCCUCCAGGAUCAUCUCCUGUCGCUCCUGGGACAGCUAGCACCGCGGGUUCUGCCGACUGGUCGCAGUACUCUCAGUAUUAUGCGAAUGGCGCGGACCCCUAUGCUGCCUACGGUGGCUACCAGAACUAUCUUGCAUGGUACUACUACUAUCAGCAACAGGCACAGGGCCAGUCAGGCACGGACUCUGCCGCGGCACCUCCGCCGCCGCCCAGUGAAUCUGCGCCGCCUCCCCCACCCCCUUCGGAUGCUGCCCCGCCUCCUCCCCCGGGCGGCAAUCCUCCGCCGCCGCCACCUCCUGGGGGCAGUGGUGGCUACAAUGCUGUCCCGCCUCCGCCUGGCUUGUAAAGGUGAGAGACAGGGCAAGUAAUUGGAUGGGACACACCCGACUGUUUUGUUGUGUGGAAAGAGGAUGCUUCUGGAUUGGUAACGGCGCCGUCUGCUAAUACACGUAAAAGAUUCUAAAAACCCGUCAAGUUGAAUACGAGGCGACAGGUCAACAACGGCCAUGGUGAUGAUGUGGAUUUAUAGACCGGACCUAGACAAAGGAGCCUUUGCAUAGUAGCCAUCAGCAUGGAGAUGGCGCACGACCAGUCGAGCCUGGACUUGACCUCACGCUCAAAGAAAACAACCCAUCGCGCGGCGACUUGAGGCGAAGAGCAACUCAUCAAGGUAUAGACAAAGUUUCGUGGUUGAAUGCAAUGACAUGAAGUAGGUUAUGCGAA